AUGGAUUUAGCAAAUGAAUGCAAUGACUACGUGUCAGUUCCAGAAUUCUAUACAAGUCGGAGUGUCUUUAUUACAGGAGGUACGGGUUUUUUUAGGAAAGUCUUUUUAUUUGAGGUUCUUAUUGAAAAACUUCUGGGAUCAUGUCCCGGGAUUAGAAAUAUUUACUUGCUGAUCAGGCCUAAACGUGGGCAAAAAGUUAAAGACAGAUUCAGUGAUCUACUGGAAGCACCUAUUUUUGACAAACGGCGACAAGAACAUCCUAACAGUCUCAACAAAUUAUUACCGAUUUACGGAGAUAUUUCAUUAGAAGUGCUUGGAUUAUCCAAAGAUGAUCAAGCUCUACUUUGCCGAAAUGUAUCGGUUGUCUUUCAUUUAGCAGCUACGGUUAAAUUUGAUGAGAAACUUAAACUUUCCGUCACUAUUAAUACGUUGGGAACAAAGAGAAUAGUUGAAUUAUGCCACAAAAUGAUUUUCCUCAAAGCUUUAGUGCAUGUUUCAACGGCUUUUUGCAACUCUGAUCGGUCAGAAGUGUCCGAAGUCAUCUACCCACCACACUAUGAUUCAAACGACAUCAUCUCUCUUGUAAAGUGGCUACCGGAAGAUCUUUUGGAUGAUCUAACUCCAUCCCUAAUUGGGAAACGACCCAAUACGUACACAUUCACCAAAGCUCUAGCUGAACAUGUGCUAUCAAAUGAAGCCAAUAAUUUACCUAUUACUAUUGUGAGACCUUCUGUAGUUCUUUCUAGCCUUAAUGAACCUGUCCCAGGAUGGUUGGACAAUUACUAUGGUCCAACACUAUCAAUAAUCCUUCAAGGUAUGGGUUUAGUGAGGGUUAUGCUAAUUGAUAAAUCCAUAAGAUCAGAUUUUAUUCCCGUCGACAUUGUUGCUAAUUUAAUGAUAGUCAGCGCAUGGAGACAAGCCACAACGAAUAAUAAAAAUCUAAUAGUUUACAAUUGUAUAAGUGGAAAAGACAAUCCAUUAGAUUUAGGCCGUUUCAUUCAACUCUGUACGAGAAAUUUAAGAAAAUAUCCUUUAGGUAGAUACGCAAUUUUUUUUUCCUAAUUUAGUUCUUUGUUUUUUAUCAUGUAUUUUUGUUUAUUUAGUAAACUCGUUUUAUUAUCCUUAUGGGUUGGCUAUUUACAAGCAGCCGCUAUAUAGUAUUUCCACAUAUCUUUUGCAAACAAUACCUACAGGAAUAGUGGAUGUUAUUUGUUUGUUAACAAA